AUGCCCCGAAAAUCCUUGUGCCAUACACUUGAUGUAAGUAAGGAUUUUGUUAGACCCAGAUCACUGACAUUGACUUGGGAAGAAUUACAGGAUAUACCAUCACCCAAGAGACAAAGUGCAACACAUUUAGAAAAACUGAUUAAAAUUAAUUUAAAAGAUAUGGGAAUAGUUCGAGGAUUGACUAAAAUUCGCAGAGCCCUUGGAGGAGAGGAAUUAGGUCAGAGAAUGGUGAAGAACGAAAACGAGGAGCAUAUUAGGUCUAAGUAUAAGAAGCCAAGUAGCUUAAAACCACCAUUAAUUGUAUCCCAUACUCAAACACCUAACCUUCCACACUCUGAAGGAAAACACAUGCUCAAUGGAUCGGGUUUUUCACCGCAAGCUUCAAUGAAUACUGUGCCAUCACCAUCAAUGCAUGCAAGUUUAUCGACACCCGAGUACACCAAUUCUGAAGUUGAAAGUUCAGGUGAUGCAUUUUCAGAAAUUUCAAGUCUAGCUGAGAGUUUGGCCGUUAGCCCAAGAAUACAGGGAUCAAUAAGUCCGCGUCAACUGAAGAGAACAGUUAUACAGCCGCAUAUAUUCGAAUUCAGCGAUUACGAUGAAGAUGAUGAUGAUGGUGGUGAUGAUGAGGGAAGCUAUGAAGAAUUACUAGAGAAGAUCAAAAUGGUUAGAUUGCCACCGAUUGACCAUUAA